AUGAACGAAGACGAUGAGCAAAAAGCGUAUACUUGGGAAACUGCUUAUGCUGAUGCGCUUAAUAUUCGCGAAGUGCUAAAAGAAGAUGAAAGUGGUUCAAUUGAAAAAGCUGUAGCGAAAUUAAUUUUGGAUGAAAAACUUAAAAAACGUUUUCGCGAUCGACCAGCCAAUGUUCGACUUGGCAUUAUUCGAUAUUUAUAUAUAAUAAUUGAUUGCUCACAAGCAAUGACUGAUAAAUCACUAUUUCCUUCGCGAAUUAUGGUAACAACUAAGGUACUUAAUCAAUUUCUAGAGAAAUUUUCUGAACAAAAUCCUAUAUCACAAACGGGUGUUAUUGUUUGUAAAGACAAACGAGCGGAAAAAUUAGUGCCUUUAACAGGUAAUAUUCGUAUUGUUAAAGAGGGCCUGACGAUUCUUUCUGAAGCCUUUUGUUACGGAGAAUUUUCUUUGCAUAAUAGUUUGAUGAUUGCUAUGAAGAGUUUACGCGAUUAUCCUGGUCAUGCUAGCCGCGAAAUUUUAGUAGUGGUCGCAAGUCUUUCUACAUGUGAUCCGUGCAAUAUUUUCAGUACAAUUGAAUUGUUAAAGCGAUACAAUAUACGGUGUUCUGUUAUUUCACUCGCUGCCGAAGUUUUCAUUUUUAAGAAACUUUGUUCGAUAACUUCAGGUGGUCGUCACAAUGUGAUCAUGGAUAAAGUUCACUUUGAAACUGUAAUUAAUGAUCAUACAAUACCUCCUAUAGUAAGAAAAAAUGCAGAAAGCAGCGUAAUACGCAUGGGAUUUCCAUUUCACGAAAUUGUUAAAGUUCCUUCGUUUUGUUUAUGCCAUCAGUCGGAGGCAGCGACGCCUUUUGGUCGUGGUUUUUUUUGUCCUCAGUGUGGUGCUCGAUAUUGUAGCUUGCCAAUCGAAUGCCGAGUUUGCAGACUGACCCUUAUAUCAGCACCGCAGCUUGCUCGUUCUUUUCAACACCUUAUGCCAUUACCAGCAUUUGAAGAAGUGGACAUAACUUCCGAGACAUGUUUUGCGUGUGCGAAAACAGUUGAAGUAAAGGGUUUUUCAUGUAAAGAAUGUCAUGCAACGUUUUGCAUUGAUUGUGAUCUCAUUUUACACGAUUCUCUUCAAAUAUGUCCAUCUUGCUCUAACCAAGAACCAGUAACGAAGAAAAUCAAUCCUUUUGAUCUAAAAUUUAACAGAGUAAAACGCGCGGUAUUGGAUGAGAAAAAACAAAAUUUACACGUAGGAACACCUGGUCUAUCGAAAAAAUUGGCAAAUGAAAAGAGACAGCGCAUACUGGCUGCCGAAUGGAAAAAUCUCAAGAAAACAAAUAAGAUAAUCGAUCAACGUUUUGGAGAAAAUGAUAGGAAAAUUAGCGAAGAAGAUCGCCAAAUCAGACGAUUCACAGCGGAACGAUUGAAACAUUUUAAAACGGAUAAAUUUCAGCUUGCUGAUGAGCUGUUACAUCUUGCAGAAGAAGUUAAUCUAACUCAUAAAGGAUCAGCACUGACAUCUAUUGAAAAGUAUGAUCGACCAGUUAGUGAUGAUGAGGAAGAAGAUGGUGAAAUCCAUUCUGAUAUUGUCACUGCAGCACAUUUCGGUGGUGGGAAGGUAGAAAAAGAUGUAUUCGAUCAAGGUUCAAAAAGAAAAGAUAUUAUUGCUGAUUUAAUUAUGCAAACAAAACAAAUGCGACAUGAAAAACAGUUGGUGCGCGAUGAGAUAGAAGACAUGACUGAACAAUUGGACGAAAAAUGGAGGAAAUUAAUGGCAUCUGGUGCAAUAAAUAAUUUGGCACAAAAGAACGCAAAUAAAGCAAAUAAAUCCACCAAUCAGAGCAGCGAUUAUUAUGACAGGCUGUUGCUAGAAUUACGUUCAUCAAAUGAGAAACGUGGAACUGCUGGUGAAAGGAUAAAAACUGAACAAGAAAUUGCUUUCGAAGAGAAAAAGCGGCUUGAUCUAUUAGAAAAGCGGCGGCUUUCAAGAGUGGCUGAGUCAGACCCAGAGGUUGUUUCAUUAGAGUUAGAGGCGAAGAAUAAACGAGGCAAAGAAAAACGUCUUUCUGCAAAUUUUGAAGUGAAAUAUGAUAGCGAUGGAAAUUUAAUUGAUUCGCAUAAGGUUGAAAAAGCUCAAAUCAAAGUCAUUCAGAUCGGUGAAUCAUUUGAUGAUGAAGAAGCGACUAAUAAUAAUGAUGAAAAUGCUAAUGUUCAUACUAGUGACGAAGUUUAUGAUGCGAUGCUAAAUGAAAAUGGUGAAAUUGCUGAUGAGUUCACAGAACUGGAGAACUCAACAGUUGAUGAUCUACCAUUUGUGUUCCCUUUUCCUAAAUCUUAUGUCGAUCUAAGGAAACUUUUGGAUGAUCAUCCAGCAUCAAAAUGCAAGUUAAUUUUGGAUCGAAUAGUGAAAUAUUAUCAUCCAAGUCUAUGUGAAGGCAACAAAAAACGCCUUUUGCAUUUAUUUAUUCUUUUGCUGAGGUUUUAUGAUGAUCUUUCAAAGGAAAGUCUACCGAAAAUUGAUACUAUGGGUUGCUUGAUCAAGGUCCUCCACACUUUGCUGAAGUUUGAUACAGAACACGGAACUCGAUGUGUUCGUGCCGUUUUGCGUCAGCAAUACCGGGCUCAUUCAAAAAGGCUGCAUUUAAUUUUUGGAUUUCGGUUCAUAGCAUUAUUAAAGCUCGUGUUUUGUCUUUUUCCAGUAACAGGUGCUUUUCAUCCUGUUUGCACUCCUAUGCUUGCCUUUACUUGUAAUCUCAUCGCUAAUGCACGAAUCGAUUGUUUAAAAAACGCGGCAAGGAUGGUAUGUACCAGAGGUAAUAGCACUCCUACAGGGGUUUUUUUUGUUGGCCGUAAAGAACGAGGAAUACGAACAGUCACCGAUUCCUAUAUUUCCAAUAUCUUUACCUCAUCGGAGAAUGCUUUUUGUAGAGAAAAAAUUUCGUGUUUUCUUCUUAUGGUUUAUAUGGUUUUGCUUCAGAUUACUGAUGCUACUUUGGAAAUUGACAUUCGCGCUACGUUUGAUGAAAACCCAACAAGACCCAUUUGUAAAUUGCUUUCGAGAUUACCUAGAGAAAAUUACCCAAUUAAAUUAAACGAAUUUUUAAUCGAAGUCAAGAAACUAUUGGAAGAGGAAUUGAGCCGAAAUUCUGGUAUAACGCAACUGAAGCGACCAAGGCCACCAAAGAAGAUGCUGCAAUUCCUUGAACCUUCUGUUGACGAAGGCUAUGGGCAAAAGAAAAUCAAAAAGAAAUUAGAUAAAAAGACUGAAAUAAAAAAUCUAACUCGAAAAUAUAAGAAAGAAAUGAGAAGUACCACACUUUUACUAGAUAAGGAAAAAAAAAAGUAUAUUUUGAUAUAUCAUGAAAGUAUUUUCAGACUAAAGCAGGCAGAACAAGCUGAAAAAGAUCGAAUGAGACGUUUGAAAACAAAACAGUUGAUUCGUUCAUUGCAAGGACAAGAAAGUGAAUACAAAAAGAAUCAGUAUACGAAAAGUUUAAAUUGA